AAAAUGGGGGGAAAGAUCGAUGAGAAGCUUCUUAGACAAUCAGAGACGAACCGUGUUGAUGAAGAAGUAAAUCUUAAGGACAAGGUGUGGACUGAGAAUAAAAAGAUGUGGAUUAUCGCAGGUCCUGCCAUUUUCACACGAUUUUCGACAUUUGGGAUAAACUUAGUUAGUCAAGCCUUUGUUGGGCACAUAGGCUCUACUCAACUAGCUGGCUACUCACUUGUGGUUACUGUCCUCUUGAGGUUUACAAACGGCAUCCUGUUAGGGAUGUCUAGUGCUUUGGAAACUCUUUGUGGGCAAGCAUAUGGUGCACAACAGUACAACAUGAUGGGGAUACAUCUUCAAAGAUCAUGGAUAGUUUCGUUCAUUUGCUCAAUCUUUCUUCUCCCUUUGUUUAUCUUUACGACGCCAAUUUUAAUGCAAUUGGGCCAGGAAAGAGAGAUUGCUGAAAUGGCGGGAGUCAUUUCUUAUUGGCUUAUCCCUGUAAUAUAUGCAUUCGUAAUAUCCUAUACCUGCCAAAUGUUCCUCCAAUCCCAGAGCAAGAACAUGAUUAUCUCCUAUUUGGCCGCAUUUUCAUUUGCAAUUCAUCUCCUUCUUUCAUGGCUUUUGACUGUGAAAUACAAGUGUGGAAUCACAGGAGCAAUGGUUUCGACAGUUUUGGCUUAUUGGGUUCCAAAUGUGGGUCAACUUAUGUUCGUUAUAUGUGGUGGGUGCACCGAAACAUGGAAGGGUUUAUCUAUUCUUGCUUUCAAAGAUCUUUGGCCAUUAAUAAAGCUUUCACUGUCUUCAGGCGCCAUGGUCUGUCUAGAGCUCUGGUACAACACAGUAUUGAUUCUUCUAACAGGAAACAUGAAAAAUGCAGAGGUUUUCAUUGACGCUCUCUCUAUCUGCCUCAAUGUCAAUGGUCUGGAAAUGAUGAUAUCCCUUGGUUUCUUGUCUGCAUCAAGUGUUAGGGUUGCGAACGAGCUUGGGCGAGGAAGCUCAAAAGCUGCCAAGUUCUCCAUUGUAGUGACAGUUUGUACAUCACUGGCCAUUGGAUUAGUUUUGUUUGUAUUUUUCCUAAUCCUUAAAGGGCGUCUAGCUUACAUAUUUACUGACAAUCAAGAGGUGGCUAGAGCUGUAGCAGAUCUUUCUCCACUUCUGGCUCUCUCCAUUCUUUUGAACAGUGUGCAACCAGUGCUCUCUGGAGUUGCUAUUGGUGCUGGAUGGCAAAGCAUAGUGGCAUAUGUUAACUUAUCAUGCUACUACCUAAUAGGAAUUCCCGUUGGAGUUGUGCUUGGUUAUGUUUACAGAUUUGAAGUCAAAGGUGUGUGGAUGGGAAUGCUGUUGGGGACAUUUGUUCAAACUGUAGUGCUUAUUAUUAUAACCUGCAGAACUGACUGGGAUAAACAGGUAAUUGAUGCUCGUAAACGCGUUAGCAAGUGGUCUGUAGCAGAAUCAGAAGAGUCAACGCUCAAGAGAGCAGGCGUAUGA